CGGAAAUAGUACGCUGAACCUGCGUUCCUGGCCUACGUAUUAAAAAAGACCCAUGUAAUUUCGUUCCUAAAGUCACGCAGCAUCAUUGACACCCAUUUCCCUAACAAUUUCGAGACACAAACGCGCGGUCCUAGAAAAAAAGUCGAACUCGCGAACUUCGCCGCUUCAAAUUGCGCACAUUGAGAGACUCUUUGAAUCUUCUGCGGCCGAGUCUCUACCGACCUGUCCCUCGAUUGACGACCAUCACACUGAUUUCAACCCCCCUUUUCCGGAGCGCCCAUUCGAAAGUGGGCUUUCUACGUCUCACCUACCUCACUCGUGACACUAUAACCCUCACACGCUCGUCGCCAUGCGCUGGGGGCUCUUCUUCCUCCUAAUUCUCUUCUUCGCCGUCAUCGGCUGCAUCGGCUGGGUCAUCUACACACAAGUGCGCGCCCGUCGCGCUGGCCUACCACCUCCCACGUGGAAAUCAUAUAUCCCGUUCACAUCCGCCCCGGCUACAUAUCGAGAUAGCAGUUUCCCGUCUCCUCGUCGCGGUGGAGUCGUCGGGUGGGUAAAAGACAAGAUUGAGUCGUUGAGGAAUAAGCGCACGUAUCGCGGUGCGUAUGAGGAACCGACGACUGGUGGUCCGGGGCCAUACCGCGGCGCGGGUGCGGAUCCUGACGAGGCGUGGGAUACUAGGGUGGGUGCGUUGGAGGAUGGGCCAUAUGGUCAUGCUCCAGGGCCGUAUGGGCACUAUGACGAACAGGAUUUUGGGAGGACUCCGAGACGGGAACCGUAUGAUAGUGCGGGAUAUGAUGCUGGUCUCACAAGGACGGACGAGGAGCCCGAAAGAGGGAGAAGUCGCAGUCGGGAUCCAGGACCGCCGCAGGUGGGGCUGAAGCUUGGAGAUACAGGAAAGCCGUUGGAAAACCCUUUUGAAGACCACAAUGCUAGCAGUUUGAGAGAUGUAAGUCCUCGGCCGGAGCCGGACCCUCAAACUGGGAAAUGAAUUAUGGGAAACUUUGGGUUUUUGAUGAAAGUUUAUGGGUCUAUGGGUCUUCUUGAAGCAUUAAUGGACUGUAUAGUGGCUCAUAAGGGACGAAUUUUGUGUGCACAUGUCUUAUGCCUGUUCAGGCCAUUCUUAUAUGAUAUGGGAGGCCGUUUUUGGUUUGAUAGACAGGCUGGCUCCAUGGGUAUCAUAACGUUAAUUUGGCAGCUGGCGUUUGUUUUAGGGCGUAUCAAAAUUUAGU